AUGGUUUUAAUAAACGGCGUCAAGUAUGCGUGCGAGCGGUGUAUAAGAGGUCAUCGAGUAACUACGUGUACACACACAGAUCAACCAUUGACUAUGAUUAAACCUAAAGGGAGGCCAGCCUCUCAGUGUCAGCACUGUCGUGAACAGAGAAAACAUAAGAGUUUGCAUGUGUCAUGUAUGUGUGGGAAGAAAGGUAAGUCGCCGGCCGUGCACCAAGCAUCUUGUGCUUGUCAUAAGAAUUCCCACUGUACUUGCUCAUCAAGUGGAACAAAGAAGAACGAGAAGGUAAAGAAAAAAGUAGUGAAAAGUAUGUCUGAUGCCAACAUAAAGGGUUUAGGUAAUAAAGCAGAAUUGUCUGACUCAAGCACUACAAAUGGUCUUUAUAAUCCAUUGAAUUCGGAGUAUGUAUUUGAGGACGUUUUAAUUCCUUUUGAGACAGGAAAUGGUCUAUUUGACUUAUUUUCGCAGUCCGACAGAUCAGAUCUGAAUGUGAACUUGAACGGCAGUAGUGAAGUGCAAUACUCUGCAUCGAUUUCGCCUACCGGUUCAUCGACAAGUAAUUUCAACAAUAAUAGUGCACCUAAUCCAGUCGGCAUUAGUAGAUCUAAUAGCGGUUUAUCGAAAGAUGAAGGAAGAGAAAAAGAGAAAGUAGAGUUGAUGAAUAAAAUGUUUCCUUUAUUUCCCUUGGUAGGAAGUGGGAAUUUGGACGAUAAUCAAUCCAGGCCCUUACUGGCUCUUCCGGAGCAAGGACAGUUGGGUUUGAGCAGAGGUGCUUCUAAUAGCUCAACUGAUACAAAGACUCACUCCCCUGAUCAGAAUGGGAAUAAUCCAUUUUCUUCUUUUGGUACUAUAGAACCAAAGCCUAUUAAAGCAGGCUCUACGCACUCACAUCAUUACCAACCAAUACGACCCAAGAGACCUGAAAGUGUUCUAUCGAUGGCUUCGACUUCAUCAACAGCGACGAAUGCAAGUAGAAAUUUUGAUAGCAUAUCAAAUUUAACCAAUUUGCCCAAUCAAUCAAAUUCAUCUGCGUUUCCACCUUCAGGACCGUCUGAGUGGAACAAAUCAGACUUGAGUCUGAACUACACUAUGAAUGAAGAUUUAUUUGAUGGAAGUAUCUUUAAUGAUAACUAUACGUUGCAGCUAGAGGAGUAUAAACAACUCGUAAGUCCCCUGAGCGAUUCCAGGAGCCUGACGAAUAAUGAAAUACAGCAUGAUCAACAACGCGUAAGAUCUUCGCGGCCUUCCCAAUCUGAGAUUCAGUCUCAAACUCAAGCUCAAUCAAAACUCCAGGCUCAACCACAAUUACAGGCUCUGUCUCAAUCACAAAGUCAGCCCCAGACUCAAAUACAAAGUCAAAUGCAACGACUUAAACAACAGCACGGUCUGCCUCAAGACGAGUUUGGUUCUGAUUCUCAAAAAAGUAAUAGUUUUGGUUCUUCAUCGGACCAGAAUCAAUUUCAACAAGAGCUCGAUGUGAAUACUAAUUUAUUUAACGACUUGAUGCCGCCCAUUUAUGAGACGAAGAAUGACCUUCAUUUUAGUCAAUCUAUCGAGUAG